AUGGCAUCAUUCUUGGAGCGGACGACAGUCAACUCCAAGAUUCAGCUAGCAGCAACAGCUAUUGCUUCUGGAGCUGUCGUCGCGGGGACAAUCCUAGGGUAUCAACGUCUACAACAAAAGGAGCGCAUCAAUCAGCUUAAGGAAUCUAUCCCUUCGUUGCUCGAUGAGGGAAAGCCUACUAGCUUUGGCGACACCUCGACAACUGAUAAAGAAGACAUCCGAAAUCAACUUCUCGCGAAACGGGCACAAGCUGGUGACUAUGACGACGAACUGAUACUCGAACAGCUUGCACGUAACCGCGUUUUCCUCACGCCGGAGGGUCUCGAAAAGCUACGAAAUGCCUUCGUUAUAAUAGUUGGUUGUGGAGGUGUGGGAUCGCAUUGUACGGCGGCUCUAGCGCGAUCGGGUGUCUCCAAGAUUCGCUUGAUCGAUUUCGACCAGGUAACGCUAAGCUCCCUAAACCGCCACGCCGUUGCGACGCUGGCCGACGUGGGCACUCCAAAAGUUCAAUGCCUAAAGCGACGGCUUUUGGCUAUAACCCCAUGGGUACAUUUCGAUCUGCGGCAAGAAAAGUUUUGGGACGAAGCAGCUGAUAAACUACUGGACUCGUGGGAAAAUGGACAGAAGCCUGAUUAUGUUGUAGAUGCGAUUGACAACAUUGAUACAAAAGUUGCCUUAUUAAAAUACUGCCACGAUCAUAACUUGCCGGUAAUAUCAUCUAUGGGGGCAGGAUGUAAGAGUGAUCCAACUCGAAUUAUCGUGGGUGAUAUCGGAACUAGUACCGACGACGGUCUGUCGAGAUCUACCCGGCGACGCCUAAAACUGCUUGGAGUUACCAAGGGAAUCCCAACUGUGUACUCGACUGAGAAGACAGGCGAAGGAAAGGCGGAAUUGCUCCCACUCCCCGAGGAUGAGUUUCAGAAGGGUAAAGUAGGUGAUCUAGGAGUACUGCCAGAUUUUAGAGUGCGGAUACUGCCGGUUUUAGGCACUAUGCCAGCCGUGUUUGGAUAUACAGCAGCGAAUCAUGUUAUACUCUCUGUCACUGGAUAUCCACUCGACUACGUCCCGGCAAAGGGCCGCGAGAAAAUGUACGAGGGUCUCCUUGCCGCAGUCCAGGGAGGGGAAGAGAAGCUCCUCCGCUAUAUGACUAGUGGUGACCCCAGCAUCACCUUGGGCCUAAGAAUACCCAUCACAACAGGAGACAUGGCUUUCCUAGUCGAAGAGGUCUUUAAGGGCCGAAGCGCCAUAAGCGGACUCACAACUCGUCUGACUUUAAUGAGAUGGCGAAGGCCGGCUGACUCCAUACUGAUAAGAAUUGGGGAGGGCGCUGACGAGCAGAAGUCAUCGAACGUCAAGCUUUCGGACCUCGUUUGCAUGACUAAGGAAGAGGGCAUCAGGCACGACAAACAAGUUCUACGAGGAACUGAGAAGCCUGAAGAGGUAUACGAUGCGGCCACGGUAGAGAAGGUGGAGGCAUUGCUUAGAGAUACUGCCAAAUAUGAGAAAUACAGGUAA